AUGAUUUCCCGGCAUUGGCUCAGAAACAUUCUUUCCAGCAAAGUACAAUCCAAUGCAUUCGCUAUACGAACGCUCUCCUCAACCACCAAGCCCUCAGAUGACCUUGAAGCUCUCCUUGCCAAACCCUCAUGGUCCGUAAAAUCGCUUUUCACUCCUCCAAACUCAGCCUCCACCCCUACGCCACAGAUCACCCAGAAACAACUGCACCACCUGCUCCGCCUCUCCGCCCUCCCACUCCCCACAUCCAUAGCUGAGGAAAGCCGCAUGAUAUCCGAUCUCCAAUCGCAACUCCAGUUCGUGAAAGCCAUACAAGAAGUCGAUACGGAGGGCGUGGAGCCAUUGGUUGCGCUACGGGAUGAGACUGAGGAAGGCGAAAGGGAGAGAACGAUUGGGUUGGAGGCAAUGAGGGGGGAGUUGGAGAAGGAAGAGGUGGUGGGGAUGAGGGGAAGGAUUGUGAGAAAGAAGGCUGCAGAGGCGAAGGGGGAGAGUGGUAAAGAGGGGGGUGAAGGUUUGGAUCUGCUGGCUCAGGCACCACAGAGAUUGGGGCGGUAUGUUGUGGUUGACACUGCGAAAGACUGA